UCUACUUCAGCGGGCUUGUGUACUCAUUCCGCACGGUUCCCCAUGUCCGGCCAUAGUGCGCCCCACGCUCUGCACUUCCACAGCCAUGAUUUCUUCUGCACAGUGGGGCGCGGGAUGGAGCGCUUUGUCAUGCAGGAGUUAACUUCUAAACUGUCAGCAGUAGUUGUUGAAUGCAUUCCAGGAAAAGUUUUUUUCAAAGGAAAUCCUGACUUGUGCUUAUUAAGAAAAGUUAAGUCUGCUGAGAGAAUAUUUUUGCUCCUUCGUAAGGGGCCUCCUCUUACUGAAUAUAAAGGGAAUGCGUUGUUUGUUUUGCGAAAAUUUAUCAUUGGUAAACCUCACUUGUGGCUGGAUAAGUUGCUGAUAUGGGAAACAUUUCAGGUUCAGUUAACCCAGCAUGGAAUUUCCCACACCCAACAAAAAGGUUUAAAGAGAAAAUUGGAUAAUGAUUCAACAGAGUCAAAGUCAGAAACAAGCAAAGAAGAGACUGUAGUGGAUGACGGACAAUCUAACGAUCAUGGCCAGACGCCCACAGACACACUGUUGCUACCUCAGAAACUGCCUUUUGAAGAUUCACAAGAUACACUAAAUCCAGUUUUAAAAAAUAAAAUUUCUGAACCCAUCACUUUUAGAGUUUCAUGUCGGUGUUCUGGCGCGUAUACAAAGACAAUGACUGCGCAGGAUAUUGGUCGCGUUAUUGGAGUGUCACUUGCGAAACAGUUUGGUUGGAAACCUGACCUGCGACGACCUCUUCUUGAGGUUUUUGUGCACCUGAAUGACAUGAAUUCUGUGGUGGGAUUCCCAAUUUUAAGGCAACCCUUGGCAAAUAGAUAUUAUAUUCAGAAUACAGGAUUGCGAGCUACAACCGCAUGGGCGAUGGCCUCAGUUGCUGAGAUUAGUACAGCAAAAUAUGUACUUGAUCCCAUGUGUGGUGUUGGAACUAUAUUGUUAGAAGCUGCCAUGGAAUGGCCGCAUGCUACUUUUCUCGGCAUUGACAAUAGUGAGUCACAACUGAAACACGCACUUGACAAUGUGAAGAAAGCAGAUGUGAUGAACUCUGUAGCAUUCCUAAAAGGAUCUGUGCUUGGCCUUCCAGUCCUCUCGGAAAGCAUGGAUGUUGUCAUUUCAGAUAUACCAUUUGGAAAAAAGUUCACAUGUUCCAAAGAUAUGAAAGAGCUUCUGCCUGACAUAAUUCGCCAAAUGGAAAGAGUACUACGUAUUGGAGGUGUUCUUGUAUUAUUACUUAGCCAAAAGCUUCACUAUUAUCUGAAAAAACAUUUUUUUUUCAAGUCUGAGGAAAGUGAGAACCUGCAAAUUUUUGGAUCGGACUCUCCAUCUACAUGCAAUAGUGAAGGCUCUAAGGCUCAAGAACAAAUUACAAUGAAAAUUUUUGAUUUUACAUCUUUGACUCAUAUUGAGUCUCAUUCAGUAAGCCUCGGAGUCACAGAAGCUGUACUCUUUAAAUGCAAAAGACAUCCCAGUCUGUUUUCUUCUAGCAUCUUUUUCCCACUUUAUUUUACUAUUAAUAAAAUAAAUAUUUGUUGUUUUUGUUGCUUUAUAAUUACAGACCUGAUUAUAGUAUUUUUAAAGCCAGUGUUUUGUGUAAUAUCAUGUGGUUUAUAGUGUAUUUAUUCUGGAAUGUGAGAUACUUU